GCGCCGACUGUCUUCCGCUCCGGGCAGAGCGGGGCGGCGGGAUGAGCUGGGAGCUGCUGCUCUGGCUGCUGGCGCUGUGCGCGCUGCUCCUGCCCCUGGUGCAGCUCCUGCGCUUCCUGCGGGCCGAUGCCGACCUGACGCUGCUGUGGGCCGAGUGGCAAGGGCGACGCCCAGAAUGGGAGCUGACCGACAUGGUGGUGUGGGUGACUGGGGCCUCCAGUGGCAUUGGCGAGGAGCUGGCUUUCCAGUUAUCAAAGCUCGGAGUGUCUCUGGUGCUGUCAGCCCGAAGGACGCAGGAGCUGGAGCGGGUGAAGAGACGAUGCCUGGAGAAUGGCAACUUAAAAGAAAAAGAUGUAUUGGUUUUGCCCCUUGACCUGACUGACACAAACUCCCAUGAGGCAGCUACCAAGGCCGUUCUGCAGGAGUUUGGUAAAAUUGACAUUUUGGUCAACAACGGUGGAAGAUCCCAGCGUUCCUUAUUUCUAGAAACCAACCUGGAUGUCUUCAAGGAGCUGAUGAAUCUGAACUACUUAGGGACGGUGUCCUUGACCAAGUGUGUUCUGCCUCACAUGGUAGAGAGGAAACAAGGGAAGAUUGUUACUGUCAACAGCGUUGCAGGAAUUGUGUCCACGCCCCUUUCUAGUGGGUACUGCGCCAGCAAGCAUGCCCUUCGGGGUUUUUUCAGUUCCCUCCGACUGGAGCUUGUCAACCACCCAGGCAUAUCACUGUGCAACAUUUACCCAGGGCCUGUGCAGUCGGACAUCGUGAAGAACGCGCUAACGGAAGAAGUGACUAAGCCCAUGAGAAAUAUAGAUCAGUCUUACAAGAUGGCAACUAGCCGCUGUGUCCGGCUGAUACUAAUCUCCAUGGCCAACGAUUUGAAAGAAGCUUGGAUCUCUGACCACCCUGUGCUGUUGGGGACUUACCUGUGGCAGUAUAUGCCCACCUUGGCCUUAUGGUUCACCUCCAGGUUGGGGAAGAAAAGAAUCGAGAACUUUAAGAAUAAUUUGGAUCCAGACCUUCCUUACAGAUUCUGGAAGACAAAGAAGGAUUGAAACAACCCCUUGGGAUGUCUGAGCCACUUGUUGAGAAUGACAAGCAGCCCAAGUACAUUAAGCUUCCACACAGAAGGUGGGCCAGUGACUGUUUUCUGGUUGAAUUUUUGAUACAACUUUCUAUUUAAUUUGUAAUGGAUAAUAAAGAAAAGCCUCGCCCUGUA